AUGGACCCCUGUGAUCGAGAAAUUGAUGGAGUCCUACGCCAACAUCUGGCCAAUCUUUCCUCAGUCAUUGACGAUAUUCAUCAAUUGGAAGAUUGCCUGAGUGAGUCACCCCCUUUGUGGUAUUCCAGAGGAAUGAAAUGCAUCUUUGGUGCUUCUAGAAGCACCAAAGAUGCAAAUCUACAAGCCCUUUUUCGCAUUUUCCUGGCUGAUAUGUUUGUCACAAUCUUAACUCGGGCAGUAUUUAUUGCGCUUUGCAUUUUUACUUUUGUCUUCAGUUAACACUUACGAAUCAUUCAGACCCGGACCCUUGGUCCAUUUAACAGUAUUGUGUUUUGAAUUUGUGUAGUAACAGCUUGCGAUGACCGCCGUGUCGCCGUUGCUUGUUCGAGAUCGUCGUUUGAUUUGUGGGUGGGUGUCCUAAACAGGAUUUUAUAGCGGUUUAUUCGAGCAGCGUAGUGGCACAAGGGGACCUCCUACUGCGAACGUCUGGUACCCGAGAAGUAUCGCCUUUUUUCCCAUUCGGGCUUAUAAAUACCCCCAAAUUGGCGAACUCCUCUUUACUUUUCAUAAUUUUCUACAAAAGACCGCUUCCUGCAUACAAUGAACAACGCUAAAACGGGAAUGUGCCACUGUGUAAUUUAAGAAUUGGCCUGAAUUCUUUCAGUCAUUAUACGCUAUGUCGACUUAGGUCAGCAGCAUCAGCCUUUAUCAUGACAGAAGAAUCUGUCAAACCACGCACCUUGCUACUUCUCUAGCCGGUUUUAGACAAGUACAUCCCCAAUAGAGGACAGAAGUUACAUUUUAAAUUUUGCACGGCCAGUACAGGCGCCAAAUUGACGUUCUAGAAAGCGACACCUUAUACUGUUUAUUAAAGGACUUGAUUCAGUAGCCACGCGUACUGGUUGGGUACAGGGCUGUAUAUGGAGGGAAAUUGCCUUUAAAACUUAUAGAAAGCGUCCUUUUACAUUCCUUAAGUUCUUACCAAAGAAAUUAUUUUUUUAUAUUUCAUUGUCCUGACCAGGUUGCUGAUUCUAAAGGCUUUUCAAUAAGGUCUUAGUUUUUAUUGUGCGUUUCCGGACAUAAUCGAUUCCAUGGAGAAGCAAGUUACUGCACACUUUCCUGAUAAGCAGUUGGAGUAUGUGCCGUGCUUUUUUGUCCUGUCCAGUUGGUAUCAACCUGCUACAGUAAUACGCGCAUACGCGCCGCCAUUACCGCGAACACACACACACACACACACGACAAUUCCACCGUCAUGCCCGACGAUGUCCACCGUGUGCUCCACAGUGAGGUAAGAGCAAGCACGGUGACUUGUGCGUGAGUUGGUUUACAGUGGUAGUAAACCUUCACAGCAAAUACCCCCUCCUCCUCCUCCUCCUCCUCCUCUCCAACCUGGGCCUGGCGUUAAGACAUAGUCAAGAAGACCGGAGGCAGGGGAGGACGCAGGUAGAUGACGCGGCCGAGCCCGCACCUUGGCGCUCCACUCCACAUCCCCUGAUCCACAACAAACACUUGACCAGCAACAAUAAAAUGGGAGGGGACGGCAGGGGUCCCAAUGUGCCCGACGUCUGCCGGCACCUGGGUCUAUUACCGCACCCGGAAAUGUUUUAAUUUGCUAUGGUCCAAAUUCUGAUAAUACCUGCCAGAAUCCGAUAUGGCCCCCGUGUUUGUCCAGCACAUCUACGGCGUGGCCCGUUUGGGGGGCACACCCAUGCUCUUGGAAAGGAAACAGCAGACCCAGCACGAACAAAUGAAGGUCCGACCGUCGUACCAGACAAGGUCAUCCGUGUGUCCUACACCAUGCUGACGCAGAGACGGUGACUUGCGCGUGAUUUAGUUUACAGUGGUAGUAGACUUGCGCUGCAUCUACAACACUCUCCUCCUCUCUCACCUGGGCUCGUUGUUGGGAUUGAAUCAAGAGGUCUGGAGAUGGAGGAGGACGCAGGUGACUGGCGCGGCUGGAGCCGCCCCAGGCGUGCCGCUACAUCCUGCGUGGAUCGCACUAGGCGAUAGUGCCAUAAAGGCCACAUUAAGGAGCCAUUGUAGCCUGACGCGCAGUCCGCCAGUCGGUCACUGCACACAAAAACACGUUACGUUCACUGCGUGGUCCGAGUUCCAUCGUCAACUGGCAACUUUCCAAACCUCAAUGUUUGCUGCACCGUGACAGUCUCAGGCUCGGAUCACACAUACAGCGGAGGAUUCACAUGGAGAUGAAACCGUGGAACAUGCCUUCUACUUGCGUGACAGGUGCCAAUCGCGUGCUUCCGUUAUGUGAUUUUGGGCGUGGUCAUUUGUGUUGUAGGUGUCGGGCCUUGAGGAUUGUGUGCGUAUUCCAUUUUCUGCUUUAGCAGACCAUAAACCUUACAGUAUUGUGUGAGCUGUCAGUUUUCUGGCACCUGAUUCCCUGCCGGUGGAUGCGUUUGUGCUCCGGCUGGGUAUACAGGUCGUGUGCGUAGUCAUCCGGUGAUAUGUGUCGUCCUCUUCUUUCUGGCCUACUUUUGUUGUUGGUUAAAAUCUAAGUUAAAUGUUCGUUGUAGAACAGGGGGUGUUGUUGUACGCCCAGGUGUGUGUUCGGCCGUGCCAGCCACUUGCAGCCUCUCCCGCCUCCGGUUUUUUUUGACUAUGUCUUGACACCGAGCUCAGGUAGGAGAGGAUGAGAGAGUACGGUGGGUGCUGUGCAAGUCCACUUCCUCUAUAAAGUAACUCGUUGUGCCUGCUCUCACCUUGCUGUGGAGCAGCCGAUGGACAUCAUCGGCUGUCAGAUGCGGGCGAGGAGAGAUGUGGUGAUAUGGUAUAGCCAGCGAUGUUCUACCGCAAGUUUUCAUUCAGGCGCAUUUGGCUCUAUAGGCGCAUGCGGUGAGUGAAUGUGCGUGGACAGCGCGGGCAGUUGAGGUAAGUGCGGUGGUUGUAUACUGGUGCUUCUGGCACCGGUUUGUCACUGUGCGAUAGACCCGCAAGUGAUCAACCAGGCCGGUGCGUGAUAUGUACGUGCGGUGGGAGUGAGGACAGGAGAAGUUCGGAGCUUUAUAAUCUGUUAGGGUGAUAGGGCCGCUAACCUUAGUCGUGUUGGUUGGACUUCCGGAGACAGCUGAGAUGGAAGUGAUAAAGCUUCCUGGCAUAGCUGGCAUAGACGGUCCAGGUCUCCGUUCCGUGCAGAAGUGUCGGCAAGAUAACGGCCUCGUACAUCUUCAUUCUGGUGUUAACACACGCAGUGCGAAAGGCUACGACCACUAAUUUUUCGGUCCACAUCCUCCCAGGACUGCGUGAGCCUCCAAAGCGGGCCACACAGUAGAUGCGCUGGACCAGCGCAGGGGCCAGAUCGAGGUCCGCCAGAUUUUAUUGGGAAUACGCACCCGUAACAAAUACCAGCAUUGAGAAUGUGGUGGCACACCCAGCCGCACACACACGCCGCGCCGGUUGGGAUCCAAGCCGCCCCCUUUUUUCUUGUGUAAAAUCCCAGUCGGUUGUACGUUGUGGCCCAGUGGGUGUGGUGGUACGCCUAAGUGCAGGUUCUCUCUCUGCCAGCCACCGGCGCCCUCUCCCGCCUCCGGCCUUCUUGACUCUCUCUUGACACCCGGCCCAGGUGGGAGGGGAGGAGAUAAUGCUGUAGAUGCGGCGCAAGUUUACCAUCACUGUAAAUUAAUUCACGCAGAAGUCAUGGUCCCUGCCCUCAUCCUGGUGUGGGGCAAACAGUGGACAUAAUCGGAGGCGAUGGUCGAACUGUCGUUAAGUGUCAGGAGUGUACGUACGGUGCCUUCUACAAUUAGACCAUCAGUGACGGUGACCGCCUAAGUGAAUGCUCAGAGUGUAUCGUGCCGUGAUGUGCCGCGGUCUCGUGUCUUAAGUUUUUCCUCAAUCUACUGCAGGCUAUUUUUGUAUCCUCAUCUUUGGUGUUCUAGGUCUAGCCAGAGUACGCCUGACAAAAUAGCAAAUUAAUUUUCCAUUUUAUUUCCUCAAAUCCUUUCUUUAUUAGCACGAAGUUUUCAAAGUAGUUGCUUUGUUUGUCGUGGGAUCAUCCCUUACGACAUGAACGAAAGUCUAGGAGGUGUUGAGCCAAACGCCUGAGUAAUACUGAUUUCUUCAGUUUAUGGUUUUUUGUAGAAAUACGUCCCGGCAAAAUAAUCGCCACUAACCAUAAUUUCCAGCUUUUCCUCUUAAAUUGACUUAGGACAUCAAACGAAAAGGAAUGAAUCAGUACCGCCCAGCUAAUAAUUUCUUCCCGAGAUCGCUGUACUCAUAUGCUCUUACGUCUUUGCUUUCAUGAGAUGGACUUUGUGAAUACUACAGCCGACCGGAACGCAAUGAGUAACCUUGGUGCCUCCAAGCCCGAAUAAGGUGUUUUGAAAAUGACAGGGCUUAACUAUAAUGAAGAAGAGAAGUCGAGCACCGGAACACUUUGUUUAUUGUCCUGAGCUUUCAGACUUGUACUGGAGUCCAUCGUCAGAGGUAGUAGCAGUAACAGAACAAGCGACAGUUAUAAGGCGUGUAGGUCAAUCAUCGACCGACGGCGCAAGACUGGAGGUGACCACGCAGGGCUCUGUACGUCGGCGCCGGAUCGAUAAAUCGAUUGACCGAGUUCUCAUCCCUAGGCCCAGGCUUCAAUCAAUUCUCGCCCUGUUUUGUUUCCGGCAUGGGCGACUAUUUUGGUGGUUCCGAAGUUAAACUCGUGGCCCAUUUCGUAGGUGUGGGAGGUCACUUGUGAUAAUCCGUCGCCUCGUCGCACAGCCAGCUUAUGUUCGUGUAUGCGCGAUCCUAGCAUGCGCCCAGUCUGUCCUGUGUAGUUACAAGGAUAAUUUUGACAGAGAAUGCUUAAGUAUAUUUUGUUUUAGUGAAAGCUAUCAGGCGUCUCUUAAAAGUUCUAGAAAAAAAGACCUUUUUGUGCCCGCGUGUUCUAGGUCUUGUCUUGUCUCAUGCUGUGUAGGAUCAGGACGAAUCUUCCUGGCAAAAACGCGUUGCAAUUCAUCCACAGCCGGUGCCUCCAUUUCUCAGAUUUCCUACAACCGGGCUGAUAUGUCGACCAGGGGUGCAACCACAAGAGUUGACUGCACGGACUCAAAAAAUACCAACGUACGUAUUCUUGGUUGUGUUUUCAAUGUGCUUUCCCAGCCUUUCGUUGUCCUUAAACCGAUUGCCACAAAUGUCCUUUUCAACAGAACGUUUUCAUUAUGUAGACACCAACAUUUGAACUACUGGACGAGUUAGCGCCGUUAAAUAUGGAGGUGGCCACCAACCAAAGCGCCUCAGUUAGCGAACGCUCGAUGGAUCCCAUCCACUGGUUCUCCGGAGUCCUUGUUCCACCGUCCCUACGACACGCUCAGUCCUGUUUCCGUCGGAGUCUUCGUCUAGUUGUAGAUUUGGCGACGAAGCGGGCGGCUUUGAUUGAAUCCACCGAACGCCUCAAUAAUCUCAUCCAGCAACGGGAGUCCAUGGAGUCGGCCGUGGCGGUCGGCGUGACGCCAGUGGAGGGGUAG